AUGGCAAGUGAGCCAGAAUCAGACGGAAAGAAGCUCGACUACACAUCCAUGAACCCAAUCGAUGUUGAAAUGUUCACUGAUAUAUUUGGUGGAUCAGCUUCCGAUUUCAACAUUGGAGUUCCAAAAUAUGUUAAUGAAGACUCAUACUCUGCAAAGGGAAUGAACUUCUGGGUAUCUGGCUUCGAAAUAGAGCCAUUACUCUUCUUAUAA